AUGGAUGGCGGAGUGCUGAAAAGUAUUAUUACAAAUGGUUCUGGUGAUGCGCAGCCGUGUAAAGGUGACUCAGUCACUGUUCAUUAUGUAGGUCGUCUUGUUGACGGUAACGUAUUUGAUUCGAGCCGAGAUAGAAAUGAGCCAUUCAAGUUUGAAUUAGGUAAAGGACAGGUCAUUAAAGGAUGGGAUGUUGGCGUUGCAACAAUGAAAAAGGGUGAAAAAUGUGUUCUCACUUGUCGUGCAGAUUAUGCGUAUGGAGAAUCUGGUAGUCCCCCAAAAAUUCCUGCGAAUGCAACUCUUAUUUUUGAGGUAGAACUACUUGAUUUCGAAGGCGAAGACAUAUCGCCAGAACACGAUCGAAGCAUUAUUCGGUCUGUUGUUGAACCUGGUGAAAAAUACAAGUUUCCCACAGAAGGAAGCCAUGUCGAGGUUGUUGUCACUGGUACUCAUAACGGGCGCGUAUUUUUGAACAAAGAGAUUUCGUUCACGGUUGGUGAAGCAACUGAGGCUGGACUGCCCGAAGGAAUUGAUCGAGCCAUACGAAGAUUUCAACGAGGUGAAAAGUCGCACCUACAUUUUCGAGGAUCUCGUUAUACCUAUGGCAAAGAUGCUCCUCUUGAGUACAAUUUGCCAGAUAACGCGGAGCUUGAUUUUUCAGUGUUCCUACGUAGUUUCGAAAAGGUUAAAAAUACAUGGGAAAUGACUGGUGACGAGAAAUUGGAAGCCGCAGACCAAACUAAGAAGCGCGGAACGGCAUUUCUAGAACAGAUGAAAUAUAAGUUAGCUUUGGCAAAAUAUGAUCGUGUUAAUGAGCUGCUUCAACACGAAAAGUCUUUUGCUGAUGAAAGUGAAACGAAAAGAAUUAAACUUUUGAUUGGUUCUUAUCUUAACAGUGCUCUUGUGUAUUCAAAAAUGGGUGAGUCUCUUAAAUGUAUCGAAAAGUGCGACGAGGUUCUCAAAUUGGAUACAAAAAACGUCAAAGCCUUGUAUCGUAAGGCUCAGGCACUCUUAGUACAGAAUGAUAUCGCAGAAGCUUUGGAGCUUUUGAACAAACUUUUGGAAGUUGAACCAAACAAUAAGGCAGCUUUGCAACAAGUUGUGAUAUGCAAAAAUAAAUUAUCUGAACUGCGAUUGAAAGAAAGAAAGCGAUAUAAAGGACUAUUCAGAAAGCUGGCAACAGAAGAAGCGUCUGACGAUAUCGUUAAAAAAGAAGAACCGCAAAGAAAUAAUGCUAUAGAUAUGGAAGUAUAA